CUGCAUUCAAUUACAUGAAAGAAUAAGAUUGUUGGUUUAUAGAGGUGAUGGAAUCUACUAUAAUGCUAUUUCUCCUCUUUGAUAUUGGAUCUGGGCUUAUAAUGCACAUAUCUUCAUGCGUAAUGUUUGUUAUUCAAAUGAAUCAAUCAUCUAAAAUUCUACAAUACGUAGCUCUCGUGAUGCUGCAAAGUGGUCGAUUAUUUUUUAACAGUUGGACCGGACAAGAAGUGACCGAUCACAGCCUGGAAGUUUCGACAGCAGCUUAUGAUGGAUUAUGGUACAAUGUACCCACAAAGGCUCAAAAGUUACUGAAGUUAUUGAUUGCCAGAAGCCAGAAAGCUAGUCGAAUAACUAUUGCAAAAUUAUAUGUUAUUAACCUGGAAGGUUUUAAUACUGUAAUGAGAACAUCAGUUUCCUAUUGCACAGUUAUGAUCUCCCUGCGGGACUCGUCAAAGAAUACGUAAAAAUUAUUGAAAGACGUUUGUAUCGCAUGUGAUUUCUAGUCUUUAGUAUACCAAAAACUCAGAUGUUGAUGUAGAAAAGAUGUAGAAAACU